AUGGAGCGUUGGGUGGGAAAAACGGCGGUGGUGACGGGAGCCAGCUCAGGGAUUGGGGCUGCUGUGGCUGUAGCCUUAGCUGAUAGAGGGUUGACGGUUAUUGGACUCGCCAGGAGAGAUCACCUGGUACAAGAAUUAAACGCAAACGUGUCAGGUAAUGGAAAAAUUUAUUCAAGAAGAUGCGACAUUGGAAACCUCGAAGAUGUAUCAUCAGCUUUUGAAUGGGUGGAAGAAAAUCACGGCGGUACAGAUAUACUUAUAAAUAACGCUGGAAUCUUUAAACCGGGUAGAAUAACAGAUGCUGGUGAUAUGACCUUGUCUGAUGAAGAACUGCUUUCGGUCAUGGACGUUAAUUUUAAGGGUGUGGUGUUGUGCGCCAAGAAAGCCGUCUCAUCUAUGAUGAAGAGAAACUUCCAUGGACAUAUUAUUAAUGUAUCCAGCCUGGCUGGUCACUACAUACCGUUCAGUUCCUACUUCAACAUAUACUCGAGCACCAAGUACGCGGCCACAGCCUUCUCAUCAGCACUCAAUAAUGAGCUAGCAGACUGUGGCAGUCAGAUUAAACUGACGAACUUAUCCCCCGGCCUCGUCCGCACUGAGCUGACAGUAGGACGGCCCAAAGACGAGCAGAUGUUGGACCCCAAAGAGGUAGCCGAUGUCAUCGUUUACGUUCUGUCUACACCACCGAACGUUAACGUGAGUAAAGACAUUCACGUGAAGCACGUAAAUAAAUACGUGCUUUAUUUGGGCAAGAAUUAA